AUUGAAUCACAUUUCUUUGAUGUGAUCAUACAAAGCUGUCGUCAUAGUGAACUUAUAGUAAACAUUUGAUUGUCAACAUUCUAGGGUUCAAAUGUCUGACGAUGAAGCCGAAGAAAUCGAAGAGGAGGAGGGCGUUUAUUUAGGGGAAUACGAAGGAGGUCGAAAUGAACGUGAUGAACGACAUGGUUACGGUAAAGCCAUACUUCCAAAUGGAGACACAUAUGAAGGGAUGUAUGAGAACGGGAAGAGAAGUGGAGCUGGAGUGUAUAGAUUCAAAAAUGGUGCACGGUAUGAUGGAAAUUAUGAGGAUAACAAAAGACAAGGGAGAGGAACAUUCUAUUACCCUGACGGUUCCAUUUAUGAAGGGGGCUGGAGUGAGGGAUUACGGUAUGGUAAAGGAAAAUAUACUUAUAUUAAUGGCGAUACAUAUGAAGGAGAAUGGAGAGAUCAUUUAAGACAUGGCAGAGGUACAUAUACGUUCGCUUCGACUAAACUACAGUAUGUCGGAAACUGGAAAGCUGGAAAGAUGAACGGUCAUGGAGAACUAGUUCAUCCUCAUCACCGCUUUAUUGGAUUUUGGAAAGAUGGAAUGGUUGUUGGUAAAGGAAGAUAUAUUUUUCAAAAUUCAAGUUGUCAGCAAACAGGCGAAUAUUUAGCUACCCCAGCAAUAAGUGAUGAGAAAAUGGUAGAAGAUGAAGAAAAUAAGAUAAUUCCCCGAUGGAAAGCCACAAAAAUUGAACCGCUAAGUGAUGAGGCAAUAAAUUCUCUAUUCGAUAUUACAGAAACAGUUUCUGAAGAACAACAACCAACACGAAAAAAAUCGGAAGCGGAUGAAUUGAGGACAAAACGAAUAGAUGAUGGUGACGAUGAUGAAAACCGGGAUCAGACAGAGCCCAAAGGUGAUGAUGAUGAAAUUAAUCAGUCUGAACAUGAUGAAGUUGUUAGUCGACAAGAUACGCUUCCGAAAGACGAUUCCAAGGAUGAUGAUGACAUCAAUCAGUCUGAACAUGAUGAAGUUGUUAGCCAACAAGAUACGCUUCCGAAGGACGAUUUCAAAGAUGAUGAUGAUGAUGGUAAUGAAGCUGACAAUAAAUCAACUGUAAAUGAUGAAUUAUCAAGAACUCAAGGUACAGUGGAAGAAGAACAGGACGAAUUUAAUGCUGAUGAAGAUGAUGAAAAUGCCGAAGUCUAGUGAUAAUUACUGCUGUCUUUCGCCAUUACAAUAUACAUAUAUUUUUGAAUUUUGAUUUUGAAUAGAAGGCUUGCUGAACUCACUCUUGUUUGCUUUCAUUGAGUUCAAUUCAUAGACUGAUGAAAAUUGUUCAAUUGUAG